UAUGAUCUCACGAAUGACUUUGAAUUACAAUUCAAUCUUCAAACGCUCUCUAUUCAUCGCUUACUCUCACUGCGCUCUUCAAACGCUCUAAACAAUCAAUCGAAACUUAAUUGUUUCUUUUUUUUCUGAUAUUUGCUUCUUGAUUUCUGCUUUCGAUAUUCUGUUUUUGUGGAUCUUACGAAUUUCUUUGCAGGGUUUCAAAUUGUUUAUCUUUCUCUGUUUUUUCUGUUGGAUAUUGUGUUCUUGUGUUAUUCUUUUUUGGAAAUUUACGCUAUGGAUGCAGGAUCUUUGAGUUCUUCUAAUGCUGGUCGAUCGCGCUGUCCCCUGCAAGAACAGCAACUUCAGAAAAAGCAUUCCCGAGAAAAUUUGGAUAGAUUUAUUCCGAAUCGUUCGGCGAUGGAUUUCGAUUACGCGCAUUACAUGGUGACUGAUGGGAGGAAAGGUAAGGAAAAUCCUUCAAUUUGUUCGCCCUCGAGGGAGGCUUAUCAGAAGCGUUUGGCUGAGACGUUGAACAUGAAUCGAACUCGGAUCCUUGCGUUCAGAAACAAACCUCCUGCGCCGGUUGAGUUGAUCCCCAAGGAGUUCUUCUCCUCGGGUUCUAACGAUAAACCUGUCAAGGCCCGCCGCCAUAUCCCCCAGACCUCUGAAAGGACAUUGGAUGCUCCUGAUCUUGUUGAUGAUUACUACUUGAACUUGUUGGAUUGGGGCAGCGCCAAUGUGCUUGCUAUUGCUCUUGGCAACACUGUGUAUUUGUGGAAUGCAAACGAUGGCUCUACUUCAGAGCUUGUCACUGUUGAUGAUGAAGUUGGUCCUAUCACUAGUGUCAACUGGGCACCUGAUGGACGACACAUCGGUAUUGGGUUUCAAAACUCUGAAGUGCAGCUCUGGGAUUCAACCGCUAACCGACAGCUAAGAACUCUAAGAGGUGGGCAUAGGAUGCGAGUGGGUUCACUGGCAUGGAACAACCAUAUUCUCACCACAGGAGGAAUGGAUGGAAAGAUCAUAAACAAUGAUGUGAGAAUAAGAGAUCAUAUAGUCGGAACUUACAGAGGUCAUGAUCAAGAGGUUUGUGGACUCAAAUGGUCAUCAUCAGGGCAACAAUUAGCAAGUGGAGGAAAUGACAAUGUCCUCCACAUUUGGGACCGAUCAAUGGCCUCUUCAAAUUCAGCGACCCAGUGGCUUCACAGGCUUGAGGAUCAUACAUCUGCAGUCAAGGCUCUUGCAUGGUGUCCAUUCCAAAGCAACUUGCUCGCAACCGGUGGAGGUGCUAGUGACCGCACCAUAAAGUUUUGGAACACGCACACUGGCGCAUGUUUGAAUUCUGUUGAUACUGGUUCUCAAGUCUGUGCUCUGCUGUGGAAUAAAAAUGAGAGAGAGCUGCUUAGCUCUCAUGGGUUCUCCCAGAAUCAGCUCACUCUUUGGAAGUACCCUUCAAUGGUGAAGAUGGGAGAGCUCACCGGCCAUACAUCAAGAGUUCUCUUUAUGGCUCAGAGUCCAGAUGGGUGCACUGUGGCUUCAGCAGCAGCUGAUGAAACAUUGAGAUUCUGGAAUGUUUUUGGGGCUCCAGAAGUGGCUAAACCUGCUGCAAAAUCGUACAAUGCAGAGCCCUUUGCUCAUAUCAAUCGCAUUCGAUAAGCUACGUGUGGUGUGAUACUUUCACUUUCCUGUAAUAUACACAUGAUAUCUACAGCAACACAUGAUAUCUACAGCAAUUUUGUGGUAUAAUAUACAAGUAGGAAGACUCAAAAUUAGGUUGAUACAGAAUAAUUGUUACAACACACCUCGUUGUACACAGAUAUACGUGAUGUUCAUUAGAGAGAUGUACAUGUCAUUUUUGAAUUAAAGAAAAUGUUCUUGUUUUUGUCCUUU